GUAGCUUACUCACGCGUCAAAAGAAACACAAACGAAGACAAAAUGCUGCGCGGCCGCUCCGCUGAACGCGUUUCUCGCAGCAACAACAACGACAACAACAUCAUAACACCACACAAACAGAAACAGCAAGAGCAACAAGUUAACAACACAACAUCUUGGCAGCAGCAUCCACCGCAGCCAAAGCCAACAACAGCUGAGAACAAAACAAACUGCAAUCAGGCGACGACGACCGCGACCACUGCAACAACAAAUGCUGCCGCUGCCACUGCCGCCGUCGCAGCCGCAGUCGCAGCUACUGCUGCUUUUGAUGUUGGUGUCGCGGCUGUGUUACCCUUCAGUGUGCGUUUGCACGUUGAACAAGACGGUACACAAACACGGAGCAGAGAGUUAAAUAUACAUAUAGAAGAGAGUCUUCGAUAAGUUUUGUUUGAUCUUAUACCAAGUGAAUAAAUAUCCCGAAAAUUUCAGGAAAUUAAGUGUGUGGCAACAACCAUAAAAAUAACUCAAGUCAACUUUGUUGUUAUUCUAAAUACAUUUACGUUGACAGCAAUAAGUGGUGGCAGCAUCAUCUCAAGUUGCCCCUGUCUGAAUUAAGUACGAGUCGAGUGAGUGAGAAGCGGCUACCUACCCAUAGUUGUUGAAAGUCCAAGUGGCAAACGGAAACGUUAAACGUGCAACGUCCUUGACAAAGAGCGGACGCAGGCACAAAUCAGAUCGAAGUGAAGACGAGUCGAGGCGAUGAAUUGGUCGCGCGUGUUGCUAGUUGGAUUGGCCGCAUUGGGCCUGGCGAUUGUGGAGGUUGCAUCACUCUCACUGGAUCCAGUUGCCUCUGCCGAGUUGGAGCAGUUCAUCAGGAAAGGCGAUGUCGUCAUAUCCACUCGACACAUCAGGCCACGCCGCAAGCUGCACAUUUCGAUUGAGGCGCUGUUCAUGAUUGACUUUCCCAUGUUGAAGCAUAAGAUGUCCUUCUUCCUGGAUCGCAAGCAGCAACGCGUUACGCUCGACAUAAGCGCCAAUGGUGCAACCGAGUCACGCAACUUUGACAUACCCAAUAUCAAUGAGACGAGCACCAUUCGAUCUUUGGCCCUGCAGUUUGCCAAGAAUAGAAUCACAUUGUUUGUGGACUGCAAGGCGAGCACCCACCACGACAUCGACAUGAGUCUGGCCAAACUCUAUACUCAAAUGGACGAUCCAGUAAUCAAGCUGUUCAGAGAACGCAAAUAUCCACUGCACUUUGAUGCAGACAUGGAGCACUCGCUGCAACGUGCCAACUGCCAGAAGGGACUGCAUCGUCGUGGCAAUCGUCGCAUGCUGCGGAACAAGAUCAGCGAGCGUGAGAAGAACAAGAAACGCGAUGUGCGCAGCAAUUGGUAUCACGAGCCAACUCUAGCCCGGGACGGUGUCGAUCAACGACAACACGAAAUACCUACAGAUGUGGAACGUGGCGAUAUUCCCGUCAUGCAUGGCGAUUGUGAAGACGCCCUCGCAAGAUCGCUGAGUGAUCUCUUGGCAUUGGUUAAGCUGCUGCGUGAAGACGUCGCCCACCAGCGCCAGGAGAUUGCCUACUUGCGCAUGCUCUUGGAGAACUGUGCGGGCUGCAAGGAGCCAAGUGGCGAUAAUAACAUCAGACUCGAGCCCAACUGUCGCACUGCGAAUCCUUGUUAUCCUGGCGUUGAUUGCCAUGAUAGUGCCUCGGGACCCAGGUGCGGCCGUUGUCCUGCCGGCCUCAUUGGCGAUGGCAAACUCUGCAAACCGGGCGUCAGCUGCGCCGACAGACCCUGCUUUCUAGGCGUUCAGUGUCACGAUACUGUGAACGGUGCCCAGUGUGACUCCUGUCCGGUUGGCUAUGAAGGUGAUGGACGCACAUGUUCGAUACGUAAUCCUUGUCUGGACACACCAUGCCCCUCAGGUGUCGAGUGCAUUGAGUUAGGCUUCUCGCCCUAUUUCCAGUGCAUUUCUUGUCCGCGUGGCCACAAAAUCAAUGGCACAAACUGCCACGAUGUGGACGAAUGUUCUCUCUAUAGGCCUUGCGAUGAAUCCGCUUCCUGCAGUAACCUAAAUCCCGGCUUCCGCUGUGGUCCUUGCCCGCCAGGCUUUGAUGGCAUUCAUGCUCAUGGCUAUUCUGCUGACUAUUUGGCCGUAGGAUUUCAAAAGCAAACUUGCGAAGAUAUUAAUGAAUGCAAGAUGGGUUUCUUCAGAUGCCCAGAACAUUCCAUUUGUCAGAACACAGUUGGAUCCUACAACUGUCAGUGCAUCGAUGGUUAUGUUGCCAAUGGCACUUUUAGCUGCCUGUCGGCUGCAGAUCUCUGCCCCGAUGGCAGCAUGUGCUCGAGGAAUGCGGAAUGCGUGCCCACGGAUAGCUAUCACUAUCAAUGUCGCUGCAGCGUUGGUUGGGCGGGCAACGGAAAGAUCUGUGGACGUGAUCGCGAUUUGGAUGGCUGGCCAGAUGAGUCGCUUAACUGUGCGGAGCCGCACUGCAGGCGGGAUAAUUGCCCCGACUUGCCAAACUCGGGUCAGGAAGAUGCGGACUUGGAUGGCAUUGGCGAUGCCUGCGAUGAUGAUGCGGAUAGUGAUCAGGUGGUCAACAGCAAGGACAACUGUCCAUUUGCCUACAACAGUGAUCAGUUGGACUCGGAUCACGAUGGCAUUGGCGAUGCCUGUGACAAUUGUGUUUUCAUUUCAAAUCGUCGGCAACUGGAUGCGGAUGAGGAUGGCAUGGGCAACGAGUGUGACGAUGAUAUGGACAAUGAUUCCGUCGUCAAUCAGUAUGACAAUUGUCCACAUGACAGUAAUCCCAAUCAAUCCGAUAUGGACAAUGAUGGUGUGGGCGAUGUGUGUGACAAUUGUCCCACAAUUCCGAAUCCCGCACAAGAGGAUCGGGACAUGGAUCUGGUGGGAGAUGCCUGCGAUAGCGACAUCGAUGGGGAUGACGAUGGUAUACAGGACUCGGAAGAUAAUUGUCCAAUGGUCAGCAAUUCUGAUCAGCUGGAUACGGAUUUCGAUGGCAAGGGCGAUGCCUGUGACGAUGACAUGGAUGGCGAUGGAAUUCCUAACUAUAGAGACAACUGUCCACUGGCCAAAAACCCCGACCAACUCGAUGCAAAUCGUAAUGGCAAAGGCGACAUCUGCGAGGAUGAUGAGGAUGACGAUGGCACUCCAAAUAUCAUCGAUAAUUGCCCAAAUAACUCGAUGAUACAUCGCACAGAUUUCCGAACUAUACGCUCGGUUAUGCUCGAUCCCGAGGGCGAUGCUCAGCUUGAUCCCAACUGGGAGGUGCAUGCAAAUGGUUCCGAGAUUACACAAACUUUAAACUCCGAUCCCGGACUGGUAGUAGGCAGUGAUUCCUUUGGAGGCGUUGACUUUGAGGGAACUUUCUACAUCAAUGAUGAUACGGACGAUGACUAUGUGGGAUUCAUUUUCAGUUAUCAGAGCAAUCGCAAGUUCUACGUGGUGCAGUGGAAGAAGGGAACUCAAACCUAUUGGCAAUCGUCACCAUUCCGCGCCUCCGCCGAGCCAGGGGUGCAGAUAAAGCUCAUUGACAGCAAUACGGGACCGGGAUCCAUGUUGCGCAACAGUUUGUGGCAUGCUGGCGAUACACCAGGACAGGCCAGACUACUCUGGAAGGAUCCGAUGAAUGCCGGCUGGAAGGAGAAGACCUCAUACAGAUGGUCCCUGGUGCAUCGACCCGCGAUCGGUCUCAUCCGACUGCGCAUGUAUGAGGGAGCUCGUUUGAUUCUGGACUCGCACAAUGUCUACGAUGCCACGCUUACCCUGAAGGGCGGUCGCUUGGGCGUUUUCUGUUUUUCGCAAGAGAUGAUUAUAUGGUCGGAUCUGGUUUACAAAUGCAACAGUGAGUACUCGUUUUGGCCCUCUGGCAAUGGUCCUUUGCCCACUCUGAAACCCAUCAUCUCUUUCUCUUUCGUCAUAGCUCGUGUACCGCCCCUUAUCUACAACGAACUGCCAACUCACAUGAAGCUCAAGGUGGAACUGGAGAACUGAACAGUUAAAGUUCCAGUCGUUGUUGUCUUUAACCCAGUUUGACCUAAGCAAAAAAAAGUAUCUGCCAUAAAUCUUAACCAAAUUAACUAAGUACUUAUUUAUUUGUGUGCUGCGAUGCAACCUUAAAUAUUAUAAAAUAAAUACAAAAAUAUUUAAAACAAACCUAA